UUAACAACUGUCUUGCUUAGAAACAGAAUUUUUGGUGUCAAUUGUGGCCAUAAAUUGAGGACUAUCUGUAGUUUCUAAAUACAUAGUUGAGAGGCUGAUGGCAGUAUUACUGUUAUGGUUAUUAUUUUUUCCUCCUUCAAGGUAGACAUAAAUAAUAAUUUAUUGUUCCUGCAGUAGGUGGUUAUCCACAAAUCUUGUGGUGGAACAUACAGAAAAUACAAUAUUAAGAUGAUCAGCAUUAGAAGAGGAAAUACUAGAGUUUAAUUUAAUUUGGAUGUUUUAUAAACUGAUUUAGGAAGAUUUGACUUUAAAGGAUGGCAUGUUGUUUCAAAAAUAAAAUAUUAAGCACAUUAAAUAAAAGGAAGAACAUUAUAAUUUUGUAUAUAUAUGCUUAUAUGAAUGCCAAAACUAUACUAAAUCCCAAAUACUAAACAUGGGAAAUUUGUUUAUUUUUCAGUUCAAGCCACUUUUGUGAAAGAGGAAGGUUUUUUUCCAGAUUAAAUACUACCUCUUGGUGCUCUUUGUUUUACAGGGCAAUACAGGAAAAUACAGACUUAAUAUUAGAACUUGGAUGUGGAAGAGGAGACGGACCGAAAAAACCCCUACCAUUCAUGGAGAGAAAUGUUUAGAGUGAUUCUAGUCAGGACAAAAUAUGAUUUUGAUUAAAGGUGGCCAGGAAUUUAGGAACCCCCAGAACUGAAGGUUGAUGCCACAAAAAAUUACAAAACCCUAGUUAGAUCAGCUUGUGUACUAUGAAUAUACUAUUGGCUGUCAUGAUAAGAACAGGGAGGGACUUACCUGAGCUCUGUGUACCCUUGGUGUAUCUUUUAAAAAGCUGGGGAGGCAGUUAGUUUGAAACUUAGUUGGGCUGUUCGACCAAACUGGAAAAUGUUUCGGCUUUUCAAACACACUAAGCAGCUGUGCUGCUUUCAGAUGAAACGAGCAUUGCAGAAACCACUUUGGCCUCUCACUUCUUCAUCACUGGUGAAGCAGAACAGUUUCUCCACAGAUUCUGUACAAUCACCCCAUACAAUCUCUCCAUGGCCUAAGGAUGUGGGUAUCCUUGCUCUGGAGGUUUAUUUCCCAUUCCAAUAUGUAGACCAAAGUGAGCUAGAGAAAUAUGAUGGCGUAGAUUCAGGGAAAUACACCACAGGCCUAGGCCAGAAGCAGAUGGGUUUCUGUGCUGCACAUGAAGACAUCAAUUCCUUGUGCUUGACCGUUGUACAACAUUUGGUAGAGCGAAACAAUCUCGGCUGGGAUUCUAUUGGCCGCCUGGAAGUUGGAACAGAAACUAUUAUUGACAAAUCCAAAGCUGUUAAGACUGUUCUGAUGCAGCUCUUUCAGGAUUCAGGAAACACAGACAUUGAGGGCAUUGACACAACCAAUGCCUGCUAUGGAGGUACAGCUUCUCUAUUCAACUCUGCUAAUUGGAUGGAAUCCAGCUCCUGGGAUGGUAAGUGUUCACAGACUUUAGUUCAGUUCUUUUAGUGGUAGAACCAGUGGUGGGAUUCAGCCGAUUUGGGCUGGUUUCGGCAAACUGCUUGUUAAAAUUCUGCCCAAUCCCGCCCAGUCACUCCUCAUCUUGUCUGCUCCCCUGGCAUAGCUGCUGCUGCUGCUCCCCAUCUGGCUCCCUCACUUGCCUCAACCACACAGUCUCUGAGGGUCAGACAGCUU